AUGUCCCAUCGUUAUCUGUUGUUCUUAUUUUUUCUUGCGAUAUCAAAUGGUGAUCAAUGUAGAAUAAACAAUCGAACUGAUUUUUUUCAAUCAAAAUCAGGUCAAUGUAUAUCAUGUUUAUCUCAUUGUAAUUAUCAAUCCAACGUAUGUUUACGUGUUAAUCAAUUACGUCGUAUUUGUUCAUCAAUUUAUCUUGCUCGAAAUAUUCGAGAAUGUCAACAACGAUUAACACUCGAUAUCGUUCAAGCGUUUCUACUUUCAAAUCAAUCGAAAAUUGUUGAUGAUAACAAAGACUAUGAUGAACCGGUGUGUUUAUUUUGUGGAAAUUCUACCCGUGGCCUUCGAUGUGAGUCUUGCCGUCAGCGACCUAACAGCAAACAAAUUUCACAUUUAAUCGAUUUAAAAACACCAACGUCAACUUGUUUCGAAUGUUCGUGUUCCGGACAAACGUAUGAUUGUCGAACGAAUGUUACGGAUGGUUGUUGGUGUCUUUCACAUCUAUUAGAUACAAAUUUAGCUGAUUUGAAUCUUCAUCAAUGUCUUUCAAAUCGUACGUAUAUCAAUGAUCAAGACCAAGGUCAAUGUCGUUCAAGAAUUCAUCAACAAUGUAACACUUGUAAACGUGGUUAUAGUGGUGUUACAUCAGAACGUGGCCAUCGAUGUUAUAAGUUUGUUCUUUUCUNUUUUAAAGUUACGGAUGGUUGUUGGUGUCUUUCACAUCUAUUAGAUACAAAUUUAGCUGAUUUGAAUCUUCAUCAAUGUCUUUCAAAUCGUACGUAUAUCAAUGAUCAAGACCAAGGUCAAUGUCGUUCAAGAAUUCAUCAACAAUGUAACACUUGUAAACGUGGUUAUAGUGGUGUUACAUCAGAACGUGGCCAUCGAUGUUAUAAAGUAUUAUCAACUGAUACACUUCAAUGUUUCGAAUAUGCAAAUACUUUAAAAUCAUGUUUACGUGACAAUGAAAUCAUCAAAAGCGAAGAUAAUGGAACGAUUCUAUUCGAAAUAACUCCGAGUUAUCGCAAUCUUAAUAUUCGGGUAUUGAUUGGAAUCGAAAAUGGCUUCGUCGAUGUGAUUUGUUCAAUACGCAAUGCCAAUUUUCUCGUAUUAAAUGAUCGUCGAGUGUAUUAUGAGCAUCAAUCAUUAACCGAUACCGAACCAGUUAUUCGAGAUUACGAUUUAACAUACGAAGACUUAAACUUUGGUCUUUUAUACUCAGAUCCAUCGGAUAUUGUUAUUUUACGAAAUUUAUCUGCUCGCCAUCGUUUAACCAUCUUAAUAUCUCCGACAAAUAUUGAUUUCACUCAACACAACCUUCAUUGUUUAUUAGUUGAUCAACCUUCCUCUCGUAUUCGUUUAGCUGAUCUUGUAGAACCAUCAUCUCAGUCAGUAUCAUUUUCCUUAUCCGAUUACCGCGCAAUAUAUUUGACAACGGGUUCAUCACAUACUUCAUCACCAACGAAUGGCUUUAUUAAAAUUUAUCAAUCAAGAAUGAAUAUUGACUUGUUCGUUUUCUUCAGUGUCUUCUUCUCUUCGUUCUUUCUUUUCCUCUCGAUUGGAAUUUGUUUUUGGNUUCGUUUAGCUGAUCUUGUAGAACCAUCAUCUCAGUCAGUAUCAUUUUCCUUAUCCGAUUACCGCGCAAUAUAUUUGACAACGGGUUCAUCACAUACUUCAUCACCAACGAAUGGCUUUAUUAAAAUUUAUCAAUCAAGAAUGAAUAUUGACUUGUUCGUUUUCUUCAGUGUCUUCUUCUCUUCGUUCUUUCUUUUUCUCUCGAUUGGAAUUUGUUUUUGGAAAGUCAAAUUUGCUUAUGAAAUUCAUCGACGACGGCGAACACUGAAACAUGAAUAUCACAAACGUAUGGCAAGACCAUUUGCUAAAAUUCAAUUAUUUAUCAAACCAUCAACAAUAAAUGAACAUGAUGAAGAAAACUUUCAACAGUUACCAUCACCUGUGGCUUCAUCAUCUGUCGAUAUUCCAUUACUUCUUCCAUCCACACGUACAGAUAUUGAUUAUUCGCCGCAUGUCGUGUCUGUCGAACCACUUCGUGAUCAAAAUCAUUGUUAUACAACAUUAUUUUUUCAUUUACCUGGAGAUCUUUCAACUCAGUAUCGUCUUUGUGCUGGUACGACACUUACUCAGCUACCAGCCGAUUAUUCAAACGCACUUUCAAACGCACGUCUCGAAGCUGAAUUACAGAAACGAAAUCGACGACGACGAAAAUUCAACGGACAGAACAGUCAUCCCCCAAAAGUUGUUGUCAAGAAGACCACUGCAAAUGUUCGACAACAGCAACAACGUCGAAGAAAACAGCAACAGCGUCAACAGCAACAGCCAAGAACAACAAUUGAACCAUAG